AUAUUCAGGUGCACAUUUAAAAGGAAAAUGUGCUGCAGAGAUUGAGGCUGGAAGACUCCAUCCAGUGAACUGAAGAUGUGGCAUUUGGCCAGGGUUUGGACUUGAGGGCAGAAUCAGUCAAGAGGUCUGUGAAGGAAAAAGGGGUUGUUUGAAAGGUACCUGUGCUGGAGGGUGGGCAAAACUGUUGCCGAGGAGUAGCUGUGUGCAUUUGCAGUGAGGAGCAGUCCCAGGAACAGUGGAUGAGCACAGUGCAAGAGUAGGAAAAUUGAUAAUCAAACCGUUUUGCAUAAAUUCAGGGCAUUGGUUUCACCCUACAUUAAACAACUGUUCCCGGUAUGGUUUGUUCUUUGUUCUACUUUAGCUCUUUCUGGGCUUUUCCAUUUCCUCAUUUGCCUUCAGCAUUUCAGGUCCUGUUUUUUACACUCUCUCCCCUGCCCCUCCCAAAUCAUCAUUAGAAAAAAAUCACCUGGUCAGGCAUUGGAACAAACUGCUCAGGGAAGUGCUGGAAUCACCAUCCCUGGAUGUGUUCAAAAGGCCUGUGGAUUUGGCUCUUGGGGAUGUGGUUUAAGUGGUGAACUUGGUGGUGCUGGGUUAACAGGUGGAUUCCGUGACCUUAGAGGUCUUUUCCAACCUUAAUGAUUUUAUGUUUACAUUCCUUUUAACAGUCUAGAUUUCAUCCAUCUCUCCAGCCAUAUUCUUGAAAAGUGUUUACUUCUCCAACCUGUGGGAGACUAUUUAUUUUUUAUAUUUGUUUCUUUUUUCUCUAUUUUCUGUGAUUGCUUGUUUAGUAAUUCCAUCCUCUUUCACAGGUCUCCUUUCCCUUCUCCUUCCUGUUGCAGACAGUCCAUCUUUUCCUCUCAGUUCCGCUUCUUGCCUCCUGGUUUCCAUUCACAAAUUCUUCUGUUUCUUCAUUCUUCCACUCCAAACUCUUUUGCCUACACGUCAGUAAAGCCUUGGGGGAGCCUUGAGCAAGAAAUCUAUUCUUUUUAUAUCUGUGUCAUUUUGCAUAUAAAAGAAUAUUUCUCAUCCUGAUGGACCUGUCUUCUCCUCUUCUUGCUACUGCAGCCAAAUAUAAUGCUAUUGCUGUUUUCAGGUUCCACAUUCCAAGAACUGACCUGCAUUAUAUUCAGAAACUUUCCAAAUAACAAUGGCCAGACUGCUGCAAGAUCCAUCUAAGUUCCAUCCCUCAGAAUGGGCUACUGCAAACAUGAUGCAGCGUGUCAGUACAGAGUCCCAGAAAUCCAGGUCGGAGUGCAUGAUAGCUGAGAGUUGGCGGCUGGUGGAUGAAAUAGAAAAGACAACGCAGAAAACCCAAAGUGAUGUCAACAAGAAAAUAGAACAGAGACGGGAAGAAAUAAAGUUCUGGAAGCAAGAACUAGAUAACAAGCUAGAACAAAUUGUUCAUGAGACAGAGGUACUGUUGACUUCCAAGAAUCGGCUGGAGAGAGCUUUGGAGAGCUGCAAAGAGCCACUUGUCAUUGCCCAAAAGUGUCUCCUGUACAGGCAGAGGCGAGUUGGAAUUGACUUGGUGCAUGAUGAAGUGGAACAGGAACUGGAGAAGGAAGCUGAAGUCCUCCAGGGAAUUAUUGCUUUGCUGGGACAUACACUGGAACAAACCAAUGAGCAAAUCAGACAAAACCGUUCAGCAAAAUACAACCUAGAAAUGGAUCUGAAGGACAAGUUCACAGCUCUGACGAUUGAUGAUUACUGUGCUCGCUUGACAAAUGACACUCCUGAUAUGAUGUAUGCUGAUAAUGCAGUGAAAAUAGAAGGAAAUUUUGUUAGCCCUAAAGACUGGGUAGAUUUCUCAAACAUAAAUGUUGAAAAGGCUGACAAGCAGAGAAACAAUUCUUUGGCACUGAGGGCACUUAUUGAUGGCAUCCUGUCACAGACAGCAAAUGACAUGCGCAAGCACUGUGAGAUGGUGAAUGUUGCUUUCAGAAAUAGGGUGAAGGAAGUCAAGGAUGCCAAGCAUAAGCUAGAGACACUUCUUGCAAUGGUGAUGGAUGAGACUGCCUCCCAGGAGAAGAACAUUGCAGCCUUAAAGAAAGCAAUUGCUGAUAAAGAAGGACCUGCUAAAGUGGCUCAAAGCCGCUUGGAAGCGAGAAGCCAUCGCCCCAAUGUGGAACUGUGUUAUGACAGAGUGCAAUGCAGCCUGAUGAGUGAAGUUCAAGAGAUUACCAAAAAUAUUCAAAGGUUAAAGGAUGCACUGGCACAGGCUGAGACAGAGCUAAAAGGUCUGAGCCGCCGACAGCUUUCCUUGGAGGAAGAGAUCAAGGUCAAGGAGAAUACACUGUAUAUUGAUGAAGUGCUGUGCAUGCAAAUGAGAGAGUCUGUUUACAUAAACAACUUCUGAAGCCAUCACACUGGAAAAUUGUGCUCCAAAGAACCAACUCCUGAUGAAAUUUCAUUUACAAACUUCCAAAUUUAUUCGUUUGGCUCAAUAUUGUCCUGUUUCUAGUUGUGCAAGAUAAUUGAAACAGACCUAGUACUUACAGCUGUCUGUUUCACAGCUAUCUGUACUCUAAAAUAUCUGAUGAAAUUUUCCACUUGGCAAUAAAAUUCCAGAAUAAUAAGAAAUGCCCCUUCUUCCAUGUUACUUCUCUCAUGUGUAACCAAUCUUUUUGGCUUGGUAUCUUUU